AUGGACGGCCAUGAUGAAAAGCAAGCCAUCGAUGUCGAAACUACUGCUACAACAUGCGAGACGACCAUCGACCCGGCGGCUGAAAAGCGGCUCGUGAGGAAACUGGAUCUGUGGCUCUCACCCAUGAUGGUGGUAGUGUUCCUAGUGGCCUACCUCGAUCGAAGCAAUAUUGGAAAUGCUGCCAUCGCCGGCAUGAACGAAGACCUCAACUUAACCGGCUCCCAAUUGAAUGUCGCAGUCACAGUCUUCUACGUCACAUACAUAACCUUCGAAAUCCCCUCCUCCCUAAUCCUCAAAGCCGCUCGUCCCUCUCGCCUAAUCCCAGCCUUCAUAAUCCUCUGGUCCCUCGUAGUAAUCGGAAGCGCCUUCAUGAAAAACUACGCCACACUCCUCGCCACCCGCCUCCUCCUCGGAGCCUUCGAAUCAGGCCUCUUCCCCUGCCUAACAGUCUACCUCAGCACAUUCUACAAACCUACGGAACAAGCCCAACGAGUCUCCUACCUCUUCGUAGCCUCAGCACUCUCGGGAGCAUUCGGAGGUCUACUAGCUUAUGGUCUGACCCGUCUGAAUGGAGCUCUAGAAGGUUGGAGAUGGCUUUUUCUGGUCGAAGGAUUGAUAUCCGUGGCUGUGGGAAUCGCAUGUUUCUUGCUCUUGCCAGAUAAUUUCGAAAAAGCCUGGUGGCUCAACGAAAAUGAUAAAAAGUUGAUGCGGAUCCGGAAUCGUCAAGCUGCGAUUUAUCAAGGCGAGAGCGAGACGUUCGAUCGAGAAGAAGUUAAGCUCGCUUUCAAGGAUGGGAAAGUCUGGUUGAGUGCUUUUUGCCAGUUUUGUGCGAAUACUUGUUCUUUUGGUUUUAGUACUUUCCUCCCCACCAUCAUCCGCGGCUUCGGAUUCAGCAGCGUCAAGACCCAACUCCUGACCGUCCCAGUCUAUAUCUGGGCCUCGGUCUUCUACUUAGCAAUCGCCUUCUUCUCCGAUCUUGCCCGCAGACGAGCUUUCUUCAUGGUCCCACUGGCUUUGAUCACAGCAAUCGGCUACGCUAUGAUGCUCAGCGUGGACAUGCAUAGAACAGCAAUUCUCUACUUCGCGACAUUCGUUACCGCAACAGGGAUUUACUGUUGUGUAGGACUGAACGUCACUUGGAACAGUAAUAGUAAUGCAGGAUAUUACAAGCGCGCCACUGCCAUCGGUCUACAGCAAACUGUGGGCAACAGUGCAGGAAUUCUGGCAGGACAGAUCUACCGAAUCACAGACUCUCGCGGGCGAUAUGUCAUCGGACACGGGGUGAGCUUGGCCGCGAUCGUCUGCGCUGCUUUAGGGUAUUGCGGUAUCUACCUUGUGCUAAAGUGUAUCAACGAGAGGAGAGAGAACAUGGAUAUCGUUGAGCAGCAGAAAUUGAUAGAUGCUGGGGUGAAAGGGGAUCGUCACCCACAUUUUCGCUACACACUCUAG